ACCGGUAGAGGCCGUCCUGCUUUCGCCAGUUUUGGCAGACUGUAUAUAAGAAGGCGGCGACAAGAUGCCGGCCAGUCAGUCCCAGCCCUUGCUCUCCUACCGACAUGAUCUGCUUUCUGCAAGUAGCCAGCCUUUUGGCUGUAGUCGCCGUGAGUCAGGCCCGUCCCCAGCAGUACGCCACCCCAAUCCCCAUUGUGGCCCAGUACCAAGAUGGCCCCAACCCCGACGGCACCUACCAGUACAGCUACCAAACCGCAAACGGAAUCGCAGCUCAGGAGCGCGGGUAUCUGAAGAACGCUGGGCAGCCUGACCUGGAAGCUCAAGUAGCGGAGGGAUCCUACCAGUUCACGUCCGAUGACGGAGUCCCAGUCUCCAUUACCUACAUCGCUGACGAAGGUGGCUUCAGGGCCGAGGGCAGUGCCAUCCCCACACCACCACCCAUCCCCGUGGAGAUCGCCCGGGCCCUUGAGUACCUCAAGACUAUCCCUCAGCAGGAGUACGAUAACAACGGCAACCCCAUCGGAGCUCCCGUCGCGCCCUCAGCCUACCAGCCCUACAGAGGGAAGAAAUAACUCUAAAUAAAACUGUAUUCUAUAUUUCAUAUUGAAAUAAGCGCUUGAAAAGACUUUGUUAUAAGGUUGUAUAUAAGCAUAGGUCUUUUUAACCGCAUAUUCAGGGGUAUCAUAUUUUGUAACAUAUUUGCCAUUGUUUGGUAAACUAGUCAAAAGUGCCAGUGUCACACCACUGUAUCAAUAAGGGGUUCUUUUGUACUUUUAUACUCUACAAUGUAUCAUGUAAAAAGUAAAUAAAGUAGUUUUUUGUAAAA